CGAAAUCCAUCGGAAAAAUGAACAAGAAAAUGAUCUUCUGUCGACUCAUGCUGCAGCUAAACGGUCUUUCGGAAGAAUCAAAUCCAUUGGACGUACACAAACCUACACCAAUUAGCAAACAAGCAACUCUUCGAGCCUAAAUUUCAAGGUACCGAAGUCCUCGACCAAACCAGUAACAAAACAUCCUACAUUCUCGAUCCGAAGAUCUUCCUGGAGUACACAGCAAUUGUCGUUCUCCUAUCUGUGUUGAAAUCUACGAUACCAGUCCCGACUGAUAUGCCGUCUUUCUCCACCAAGUGUCAAACGAAACCAACCACACCAUCAUCGCCGGCGUCCCCUAUUCACAGACGCAACAACCAGAGCAAAAACCAUCGAUACAAUUUCUAUUCACCAUUACUCGCUUUCCUCACAAUGCUACUCGCAGCAAAAUCCUCAACGGCACUUUUGUCCAAACAUGCUCCGAUUGGUAGCGGCAGGAGCGCAACCAAUAUCCGGCGUGCGGUGAUCGAUUCUCUCGGUCGUCGACAGAACAGCGUUCGAGCCCUCGGUAGUGGGAAUGCCAUUGCUACCGCAACCAAAGGAGGCAUCGGACACCAUUUCUUUUCCGCCAUCGACGGCAACCACCGUGGAUUUCGGUCCUCGGCCACCGCUUGUCGGAUGAGCAUUGCCGAUACACCGCUCGGAAAAGCGAAAGAAGGCGAGCAGCUUCUGGAUGGCUUGGACGUCUACACGGUUCCCUCGAGGGAAGACGGCCAUCCCCUGACCGUCUAUGGGAUCGGAGGGGACGAGUCGGAGCCAACGUGCGAAGACCACGUCCUCCUGAUGCUUCACGGGAGAACCUGGUCGAGCGUCCCCGUCUACCACUUGCUGGGAGGUCCCCUCAACGCCGAAAAGGGCCUGGAGAGCCGCAGUUUGAUGGAGGCCCUACACGACAAAAACAUCCGGGUCUACUCCAUGGACUUUCGCGGCUUUGGUGGGACCCCCGCGGAUGCAAGCGGCGGGGUAGAACCCAACCGGUGCAUGGAGGACGUCGAGUCCGUCCUUGACUGGCUCGCGAAGCGCCACGGAUGCAAGACGCCCGAGAAGGUCUCGCUGAUGGGAUGGUCGCAGGGCGCCCUUGUGGCCCAGCUCGCGGCCCAGCGCGACAAGCCCCUCUUUUCGAGGUUGAUUCUCUACGGGUCCAUCUUCGAUCCAAUGGUCCGCUUUCCGCGGGACCCUCUCUACCUCCGGAACCCGCCCGAGGUCGAGCCCCUCCGCAACACCUUCGACGCGGCCAUCGAGGACUUUACCAUCGAGGGGACAAUCCCCCCGAAGGCGGCGACCUACUUUGCCGAUGCGGCCCUGCUGGCGGACCCGAUCAAGGCCCAGUGGAAACACAUGUACCAGUUCAACAAUUGCGACCCGGCGCGGGUCCACGUUCCGACCCUGGUGGUAAGUAGUGCGACCGCACCGCCUGUCCUUGGGGAGCAAACCAAUCGUUUCGUUUCGAUUCGAUUCGAUUCCAUUCCUUCCCCUUCGUUCUGAUUUGAACCAUCCCCUCACCCCGUCCUCCUCCGCUUCCGGUUUUGCUUGGUUCCCACCGCAGGUCGUUGGCGAUCAAGAUCCGUACGCCCCCCUCCACGUCCAGUCGACGCUGUUCACGAACCUCGGUCGUGGAACCGAUCGGACCUGGAGCAUCCUUUCCGAUGCCGACCACGCCGUGCACCUGUUGGAGGGCCGGUCUCGCUUCCAGAGCAUCGUCACCUCGUUCAUCAUGAACUCAAAGAAGAUUGGAAAGGAAACCGUCUUUUAAAAGCAAGACAUUCUUGCUUCAUUUCCCUAGCAAAGAAACCUUAUACUUAUAACCUGCUCCGGAAAUCUAUAGAACACGGUUGCAAAAUAACAAUGAUGGCGUGGAGGAAAAUUUCUUUUUAUGUAUUCUUAUUACGUGUAAUCGGCAUCGGUGGCGUUAACUCAACUCAACUCAACUCAAAUCCAUACCCACUUCAUUUGGCUGCGUAUCUUUUGUCUCCGGGCACCUUUGCUUGUGCGAGAACCUGCUCGCCAAAAGGAGAAGUUGAUCGCUGCAAUGCGUGCCUGUACCAAGCAGAUCAACGGUGGCGCGGUUGUGCGACGGAACCAGGCCCUCGUCUCGCACGCAACCUGCCAUGGGCAACCCUUCCGGGACAUCGUACGACAACCACCGUCGUCGAAUCGGCUGCAACAAAUCCAAUUACCGCGUGUAUCGGCACAUUCUGCGCGAAACCAGUUUGCAACCAAUCAAAACCAACCCAACCCAAUCCAUCGAUUUUGGUUACUGGAAGGUGUUCUUGUCGUCGUUCAGAAGCUUGUCAAACUCGUCGAGGUCCGACCGAUCCUUUUUCGAUUGCAGGUCGGCGGCGGUUUUCUUCGUAUCGUAGAGUGAGUCGUCCCCCUUUAGGAUCGUUCGGUUCGUGGCAAACUUGGCGGCGGCCUUGAGCUUUCGCAGCACGCUGCUCCCCUUGCUGGCGGCGAGCUCCCUCCACUUUCGGCGGGCCUUGUUCCGUCCCUGGAUUUCGGCGUUUUGUCUCGAGAUCCAGAAAUUCCUGGCCACCGGAAUGAGAUUGAACAAGAUCGCGUAGACGACCAGUCCCGGGUAGAGAGUCUGGGCGAGGCCGAGGAACCCCGGUAGUUUGACACCGUACAACUGGUAUUGCUUGAAGAGGUUCCCGAGGUAGAGGACUCCUCCGAGGUUGGCAACUCCCAGGGCACCGGCGAAAAACUGGUUCGUGCCAGAGGCCAAGCUGAACUUGUACUCUCGUUCCUGCAGCAUCGAUGGGUCCAUGAGGGAGACCUCGGCCUCUUCUUCUGGCGUCAUCUCGGGGAGAACGUCCUCUAGAAUCUUCACGAGGUCAGACUUUUCCCGAGCCCCCCUCGUGGAAAUCCCGUUCAUGUUGAGAAGGUUUUGGAUGUCCCGGCUGGACGCAUCGGAACGCAGUCCGGCACGCUUCAGCACCAUGGCAGAUUCGGAAACCUGCGGAAGGAUGCUGGAGGACGUCGCCGACAUCUGCAGGUCGGGGAAGACGUAGAUGAUGUCUCCCUCCUCCGUCACCCGGGGCUCUCCGUCCAGCUGCGAAACGAUGGGCAGGACAAAGGACUCGUCCACAAAGGAGGAGGAGGACGAAGACUCCGAGGAGGGGGAAUCGGGAGCGUCGCAGUACGGAGCGAGCUGCUCUGCUGUGACCGCACCCUUGUUGUCCCGGAUCAUUUGCGCCGCCAGGCUGAGGCGCUUUUCCUCCAGUCCGGCGUUGGGGUUCCCGUCCCCAAAGACAAAGGAAAAGACGGAUUCCAAAAAGCCCAUGUCUUCCGGAUCCCGAACGGCUCCGUCCAUCGUUUGUCCGUAGUAUCCGUAGUACCCGUAGGGGCGGUAGUAAAAGAAGUCAAAGGGACUGGGGCCCCAGAACCCGCCACCGAAUCCCCCGCCAAAGCCCAUGCUCCCGCCCCGCCGGUCGUCCCGGCGAUCGUCGUCGCUGCUGCUGGACUGCAGCACCACGAUGGCCGAAAAGACCAAGGCCACCGAGGCGACGAGUGCCACACCAAAGGAGACGCGAAGCCCCCAGAAGAUGGAGGGCCAGGCCUUCUCAAAGGCCUGCCGGGCCUUGUACUUGGCGCUCUUCGACGACAGAACCCCGUUCAGGUCCUUCGGGAACUCGUAGAUCAGCUCGCCGUCCCCGGAAACGGCAAUGUCACCCUGCGAGAGGGACGCCAGCGUCGUGAGGUCUUUUCGGGCCUGGGAAAUGCUGACGC